AUGAAAAUACUUUUUUUUGCCUUCAUCCUCUCUGUUCUUCUCACUCCCGUGUGUGCAGAUGGCUGGGAUGACUUCUCAAACAACCUUGCAACCGAUCUCGCACCCUUCCUAGCCCUCUUCGGCGAGCAAACCACGAAGCAAUUUCUGAGUGAAAGCAUAACCGUGCUUGACUAUUAUAUAUUUUCGAUAGCGCCGAUAGGAAUCCUAACUGCCGUGAUUUCCGCCAUCCGAGUUUGUGGAACACCUUCGCUGCGUGCGUUUAUCGGAAGAGCUCAAGAGGGCGGUGGAGACGCUGAGGCAGAGCUAUGUUCCUCAACGAGCCGCGAUGUGUGUGAGCUCUACAACAACGGCGGCAUUGCGCGGGUGUUCGGCCGCCCAAAGAUUCUAGAAGUUGUUUAUGAUCCUUCUACGAACGGGAUCUACCCGUGCCGGGAAUUCGUUAAAAGGCGUCGAGACGAAUGGAUCAGAUCAGAUGAAGGCAUUAGAUCAGAAGAGAGGAAUAGAACAGCCGAAUGGAACAGAACCCGGGCAAGCGGUGAGACUUUCGCGGGCGAAUCUAUCGCGGAUGAGGCUGUCGCCGACAUCUUUGCCCCAAAUCUGUCUCUGAACAUUGGAAUUAGGCGAAAGUCUACUGCUGUGUCUUGGGCAGUCGCCGUGUCUGGAACUUUCUUGCAAGUCGGUGUCUUGGGCUUUGCUGUCGUCGUCACAUACUGUCUAAAGUGGGAGAAGGACGGCAACCGUCCAGACUCUUACGCUUGCCCGAUGGCCAUUGUUGGAACUCUCAUUGAAUGGGGUGGCAUGUUCCUUUGCGCGCUUCUAGUAGGGAAAACUAGCCGCAAACAAGUCUUUCAUAGGAAUCAACAAGCUCUCGACAAGCAGUCGACUCGGAACCUCCAAUCGACGUCUUCAUCCAUAUAUUGGUUACAGCCUGGAGGACAAGUCCUUGGCGAUCAAGUCUUUGACCCCUUCUGCCACAGCGAUCAAGACCAACCCCUACUACAAUACGUCACGUCGUGGAAGAAGCCUUCCAGAAGCCAAGACUCAGAACUUGUGUUGUGGGUUGCUGUCUGUACUACUAUCAUCGGAUUUGUGAUACAGUUUGUUGGGCUACGUGGCAUCCACUCUUCAAUCUCCGUGGCUCAACUUGGAGCGAUGAUGGUGAUGAGUGUUGCUCGAUCUGCGCUCCGAAUGCAGCGACUAAAACCAGAUGACAAUUUUCUUCGCCAGUGCCCGGAUGAAGUUGUUGGGCACGAGCUUGACUGGCUAGCAAUGCGUAUUGCCGCAAACUGCAUGGGCCGCGACCUCUUCGCAGCAUUUUGA